CUCUUUAUAUAAACGUUUCUUCUCCCUAAAGAAAACACAUUUGAGAUUUUCAUCAUCGAAAGAGAUAGAGAGAGAAGUUAAAGAUAACAAAUAACGAUCAUGAAGCUCGUCUGGUCGCCGGAAACUGCCUCUAACGCUUACAUCCAUACCGUUAUAGAACGUGUAAAGCUACAAAGAAUCGAGUGUAGCCGAGUAUUUAUCGGCUACGGCGGCUGGAUGGAGCACGAGGCUGAUCGUGGAGACUUGGAAGCGUGGAGACCCCAUCGCCACCAGUGUCGGACUAGCUGUAGCAGCCAUACAUACCCGCGGAAGACACAUAUGCAUAGUUCCUGACGAGGAGUCAAGAUUGGAGUACGAGACCGUGAUGAAAAGAGCCGUCGUGAGCGAAGCGACGGAGAUAGUGGUCGGAGACUCGGUGGAGGACGUGGUGGAUAGACUCUCCGGCGUGGACUUCUUGGUGGUGGACUCAAAACGAGGCGAGUACGUCAAGGCGUUGGGGUUAGCGAACACGAGCAAAAUGGGUGCCGUUUUGGUGUGUAAAAACGCCACGCAGAAGUCUAUCCCUGGGUUUAAGUGGCACCGUGUUUUGAGACGAGGCACACGUGUUGUAAGAUCGGUGUUUUUACCCGUCGGGAGAGGGUUAGAUAUCGCACACGUGGGAGCCAGUGGUGGUGGUGGUGAUUUGAAGAAGGUUCAUAGUCGUUGGAUUAAACACGUCGAUCCUCGGUCAGGAGAAGAGCAUCUGUUCAAACGCAAAUAGAAAAUAAUCUGGGUAAUAAGACCAUUUAAAGGAUAAAAUUUUUAAGUUCCUUUUUAAUGAUGUAACUAGUAAGCAAGAACGUUGAAUGUACUUUUGUUAUUGACCAUUUGCAAAUGGUCAAGAGUUGGUGAUUUUUUCCAAAAUAAUAAAAUCUUUCACAUCUUCAUAAACACCACAAAAACACCUCCCAUUAUCAUUUUCAUCUCAACGUUAAGUGCAUUCUAUCUCUUCUCUCUCACUUUAUUUUCUUUCAUCUUGUUUGAUCCAAUAGCCAUGACAGCACCCUCAUCAUCGUCACCUAGAAGAAACCACCAAUAUUCUAUCGAUGACCAUGACUUGAUCAGCAAACUCCCAGACGAGUUAUUGCAAAUGGUUCUCUCAAAUUUGUCCACCGAAGAAGCUGUAAGAACAAGUGUUUUGUCGUCACGUUGGGUGGAUGUGUGGAAAUGGAGGUCUUAUCUCGUCCUCGACAUGAACAUGGUCUUGGAUUCAACCCCCAAGGAACGUUUGCAACAAGUUUCUGUUCAGUUGGCUAGGUUAAUGACCAAGGUUAUAAAUAAUCACCGUGGCCGCCUAGAGAGAUGCACUAUUCAGCAUUACAAAUCCCAAUGUAAGGAUGGUACGCUCCAAAGUUGGAUCGACUCAGUGACUGGUUUGAAACACACAAAAGAUCUCACACUUAUAAACUAUAUCCCUGCUAUAAGGCAUUACAAAAGAGCUAAUUUGCUCAGCUUGCACCCAUAUACAUUUUCACAUCAUAGCCUCAGUUCACUAUCACUUUGUGGAUUUAGCCUAAUAGGUCCAGAUGCCUUCUGCAAGUGCAAGAAUCUUAAGACUCUCAAUCUUAUAAACAUUGUCAUCUCACAAGCUAGUGUCCUUAGUGGAGUUUUAGCAGCUUUCUCCUCCCUCGAGGUUAUUGUGUUGAAUGUCAAUUUCCUAACCCCACGUGGUGUGUUGAAGAUCGAGAACAACAAUUUGAAGUUCUUGCAAUUGUCUUACCUUAACGAGAUUGAUAGGAUGGAAGUGUAUGCAACUUGUCUAGAUGUUCUAGACAUCAGGUGUAUCAAAGUUAAGAGAGACAACUUCAUCCUCGUUGCUCCCAAUAUCGAGGUUAACAAAAAUUCUUGGCUGGAUAAUCACAGCCGUAAUGAUUGUCCUCACCUCUACUGUAACGUAUCAUCAUUUCUCGCUCAGGUGGAAACAAACAUUUGGCAUAAGAUUUUGGGGAGCGACUUUAUUGAUAUGAGACGGUAUGUGUAUUUAUCAGUGAGUGUAGAUAUAACUGAUCCGAAAGAAGUGGAGAUACUGGAGGAAGUUUUGCUUAUGUGGACCAAUGGUUUGUUGGAGCUUGAGAUCUUUUUCAAGGUACACUCAUGGUUAAAUUCUCAUUAUUGGAUAGAACUUGACCACUUCUCUCAUAUAUCAUAUAUCAUAUUUUCAUUUCAGCAUAAGAAAUCUCAUAGGGAAGAAGGUGAAUGUUCUACUAACGACAGAACACAUGCAAAACUGUUCCCUAACGCUGAUUUACGCGUUUAUAAUGUGCGGUUGUAUAAUUUUGAUGGUUCGAAUGAGGAAGAAUUUGCGUUUGUUUCACGUUUGGUGAUGCAAAAGCCGGUGAUACUGAAUAUGAUGAUCGAGACUUCUUUGUUUCCUCCGACGAAGAAGUUCAAUGCGGAAGCAGCUGUGGCCAAGUUGAUGGAACUUAAAUAUUACAAAAAUCUUAAAAUUGAAUGCUUCUGAUGAAACUUUGGUUCUAGUAUUAUAAACUGUUUGCUAGCCUUCUUUAUUAUAUCUGAGGAUAAUGUGGUUUUGUGUUCUACCAUUUUGAGAAUUUAUGUGGUCUUGGUGAGAUUUGCUAUAUCCUAAGAUGAAUAUUAUUUGAUUUUUGUUUUAUUA